AUGCCACCACCACCAACCCUCACCCCUCUUCACUCCCUAGCCCUCCCCGAAACCGAUGACGACCCAACCAUCCGCCAAAAACACCGCCCCUUCCUCACAACCUCACAACAACCCACUCCAACAGCAGCAGAGAACCAGGAGCAUGACUGGAUCAACACCCUAGAACUAAACACAGCCCUAUCCAUAGUCCAGCAAGAUCUCCAUAAACCCUCAUCCCAAGGCAGACUGAAAGUCCUCGUGCUCUACGGCAGUCUACGACGCAGAUCGUACUCGAAGCUGGUGGCCUUUGAAGCAGCACGGAUUCUCUUCCGGUUGGGCUGUGAUGUGCGCGUGUUUGAUCCGGAGGGGUUGCCGGUUAAGAAUGAGGUGGAUGUUGGGCAUAAUAAGGUGCAGGAGUUGAGGGGGUUGAGUACUUGGAGUAAUGGGCAUGUUUGGGUUUCGCCAGAGCAGCAUGGGAAUUUGACCGCCGUAUUCAAAAACCAACUCGACUGGAUCCCCCUAAGCACCGACAGCAUCCGCCCGACGCAAGGCCGCACGCUCGCCAUCGCCCAAGUAUGUGGUGGCUCGCAGUCCUUCAACGCCGUGAACUCCCUCCGCCUUCUAGGCCGGUGGAUGCGCAUGUUCACGAUCCCCAAUCAAUCGUCGAUUCCGAAAGCGUACACGCAUUUUCCGGCGGAGGGGGAGGUGGGGGAUCAGAGGAUGCUGGCUAGUGGGAAUCGGGAUCGGUUGGUGGAUUGUAUGGAGGAGUUUGUGAAGUAUACAGUUUUGAUGAGGCCGCAUUUGGGGCUCUUUGGGGAUCGGUUUAGUGAGCGGGAGGAGAGGAGGGUGAAGUCUUGA